GCCGGAGUCACAGCAUACAGGGUCAAAGAUCCAGAUCCCAAUGCCGUCGACAACGGCAAUCUGCUGGGCGUGAGGAUCGAUGUCUCCGUGGAGGCGAAAUUCGUAGAUACCUACCAUGUGCUGUUCAAUCGGCCCAACACCCGGUUUAGGACCAUGCUGAAGAUCCAUCGGCAUACCAUUCCUCCUUGUAUACCGCUGCGACAACUGGCGAAUCGGUAUCUACCUCAACUCCGGAAGGACUCCAGUCCUGAGGUGGAACAAGACUUGAUCAGAUUUGGGAAGCUGCUGAGGAAAGAGCUCGUAUCGUGGCACUUGCGUAGUGCGGCUGUGGAGAGCCUGCGACGGGAGGCCGGCGUCCUGGACCCCAAAGUCCGGAAGGGAGCAGAAACCCAAGGGCCUUCUUAUGGAAAGGUUUUGAAUGCAUUCAUGAGUGACGAGGAGAACGAAGGCGACGACUCUGGGGUCGAGGAGAGGAUAACCGGGCGUCAGGACGGCCCAGCAAAGAUCAUCGAGGUUGAAUCUGAUCUCGCUGUACGCCAGAUCAGUCUUGUAUGGUCGAACGGGCAGACUGCCGUUGCGCAAAUAGCAAAAGAUGGGGAGAUUGUCAGAGGGGCAGUGAGAACCCGAGAUGGGGAGAGGCUGCCACAGCUUGAGAGGUUACUCUCAGGGCGUAUGGAUGGCUUGGUCAAAAGGUUGAAUUCU